ACCAACAUAGUUUAGGGUUUUCGACGAUGUCUCAGCUCAUUAACCGACUCUUGAAGCCAUCUGUCUGCAAAAAUGUCAUUAGACACAACAUGAAGGGUCGGAUGUUCUGCUCUAAGCCAACACACCCGUACUUGUUGAUUGACCACCUCCUUAAGGCCGGUUACAAUUCCAAUGAUCAAAUAUACUACGAUGAUGAAUACAGAGAGAAACUCGUGAUUAAGAACAAGGGACUCGCAGAAGAGGUCCGAGUGGCGAUGACCGAUGGGAUUCCACAUAUAUAUGGUUAUAGAGUUAACGAAAAAUCGGAGGAAUCAGAUGAAUCAGGUGAAUCGGAGGAAUACGAGGAUGAUGAUGAUGAUGAGUAUACAAGUCUCGUGCUGGUCAGUAACACACCAUCUGACCCGGUGAAACUUCAUCUCCCUCCUCUGUAUAAUAGUUCUCGAAUCCAAAACGUGGCAAUGUCCAACCCUCUGGCAGGAAACAAGCAAGAUUUGGUAGUGGCUGUCAAGUGCUUGGGAUCUGACGUGAGUGUGUGCAAGCCCUUCAGCGACUCUGAAUGGAUCAACAUCGAUACCUCUGGUUCUGUGCACCCUUUCUCGAGUCUAAUGCAUUCAAAGAAGAACAAUAAGUUUCUCACUGUUUGUCCUUCUGGACUCUACUUUUGGUCCUUGGAUGAUGUCCACCCCGGGUCGGGUAAAAAAUACCAACCUAAGUUCCACUACUUGUGUAGUCAAACGGACCAUCUUAGCAAGGUUCUUCGGACGGAUUUGGAAGACUUCAUCUCGUGUACCAGAACGGACCACUUGGUGGAGUCACCCUCCGGUGAACAUUUCCUCGUCAAGUGGUUUGGCCAGGACGGCAAGGACUGGGGAGCGGAAACAACCUUCUAUACAACAAAAAGGUUUCUGGUGUUUAGAGUGGAUACAGUUUGCGGUGACUUGGUUUACACGAGAGACAUUGGAGAUCUUUGUAUCUUUCUUGGACAUAAUGAAGCAUGCUGUGUCCCGGCAAGCUCGUCUCCUGGACUCAGGCCUAACUCUAUCUAUUAUGUGGGCAGUAACUUUGGUGUUCACGAUAUCGGAACCGAAACUUGCACUACCUUCUACAUAAAGGAUAACCUUCCAUUGAGUUCAACUGAGUUCCCUUACUGGCCUGCUCCACUCUCUUGCUAG